CGCGUCACAUGACGCCUUCCGCCGUCACGUGACCGAGACGCGAACAUGGCGGAUGUGGACGCGGCGAAGUCUCUGAGCGGAUUGCUGAACGGAAUCGCCCAAAAGCUUUAUUACAACAAGAGUGACGUCACCGAGGAGCUGCUGCAGCGCGAGCUGUACGCGCACCUGUCGCGCGAGGAGUUCCGGUCCCUGCACGAGAGGAUGAGAGGCCUCCUGAAGUCCAUCGCCGCGGCCGACAUGGACCACGCCCAGCUGGAGGCCUUCCUCACGGCGCAGACCAGGAGGCAGGGCGGCGGGGGGCUCACUGUCGAACAGGCUGCCGCCCUCUCUCGCUUCUGGAGGAGCCAGCGGGUCCGGGUGAGGGAGAGCCUGCUGGCCCAGAGCCGCUGGGAGCCCGGCCUCAGGGGCCUCUCCUGGAGGGUGGACAUCCGGACCGCCGCCGCUGGCGGCCGGGGGGAGGCGGACCCCGGCGGCCCCGUGGCCCUGAUGGAGCUGGAGCUGGGUCAAGCCGGGCAGGACUCGCAGUUUGUGUGUCUGGAGUUUGAUGAAGCCAAAGUCAACCAGCUGCUGAAGAAGAUGUCCGACAUCCAGGAGAGCAUCGACGGAAUCGCUCACCGCACCUGAGGCCGCUCCUCCUCCUCCGACGACCUCUGACGACCUCCUGCUGGAUCCGACCCGCCUACCGACAUUAAGUCGGCUCUUUUAUCAAUGGAGUCUGGUGGAUUUGUGCAGCAGCGACAGCGGCCUCGGCCCCCAGUCGCUGUCUGAUGGCAACGUAACGUGGAGAAAGUCUUCCCCACCUUCCCUCUUUAUUGAAAGAAGACAUUUUCGUAAAGUAACCGCUGGAAUCAGGACGAGGAGGAUCGAACGUGGAGUCAAAGCCGAGUUCUUCCGUGUAAGACGACCAACGGUCAUAAUGAGGAACAUGAUUCCCUUUUGAUCUCAUCGACGUGAUGUCACAUGCUAACAUUAGCAUUGAGAGUGCUAAUAGGAAAGAUAUCACAGGCUGGUUCCGUUAUUAUUAUACCGUUUUUGUUUUUUGCUAGUGGUCUAGAUUUGCAUUAAAAUAAAAAAAACGUAUUCUAACAAGACAUUAUGUCAAUGAUUGGACUUUUAUUCCCAUGUUUAUGAUUUAAAUGCUCUGAUGCUGUGAUGUGAAAUUGGACGUGAAGUUGAAUGUUUCUAUUUGAAAUGGUGGAAUUAAAAGUUUACCUGCUGACA